AGGUCGCGUUGCUUCAAGCCAUCUUUGGUCGCUUAUCGUUCAGUUUUACAUUGUGCAAAGUUUACGCAGGUGUGUGUGCAGCUUUUCGGUUUUCAAGUUGAGACGGUUUUACGUGCGAUAUUGCUGUUGCACUUUUCUCGUUUGCUUCCUAGUUGGAAAGAAAUUUACUACUUCCAGAUCGACAUGACCAAGUACAAGCUUCGCUACUUUGACGUGAUGGGUUUGGGUGAACCCAUCAGGUUCCUGCUCAGUUACGGCGGCCUCGAAUUCGAGGACAUCCGCGUCGAUCGCGGCGCUUGGACAAAGAUGAAGCCGACAAUGCCGUUCGGUCAAUUGCCUAUCCUAGAGAUCGAUGGCAAGGUUUACUCGCAAACGUUGCCGAUCUGUCGUUACUUGGCGAAGCAGUACGAUUUGUCGGGCAAGACGGACUUGGACGCCUUGGAAAUCGACGCUGUCGCCAACGCUCUUCACGAUCUCCGGAAACAGAUAGCGCUGUUCUACAGAGAGACCGACGAGGUCCUGAAAGCUAAAAAGAAGAAGGAAGUACUGAGCACCGUCGUGCCAUUCUAUUUGGAGAAGCUGGAGGAGCUGGCCAGCAAGAAUGGCGGGUACCUACACGGGGGUGAGCUAAGCUACGCUGAUUUGUUUUUCGUCGCUAUCGCGGAUUCUCUGAGCAAUGCCUGCGAGCUCGACAUCACGCGGGGAAAACCGAAUUUAAAAUCUCUCCGGGAAAAAGUACUCGCGCUUCCCGGAAUUAAGACGUGGGUGGAAAAGAGGCCCAAAUUGGAUUUCUGAUCGCCGCCACUUUGAUAUGCGCGCAACAUGUCGGUCGAAUAUCCAUAUCGCCUGCGUCGGCCGCAGAAAUUUAUUCUUUCCGUUGCAAUAUAUUUUGUACACAUGUAACGCGCAUCAGUAUGAUACGGAUAAUAAAGAAUCGACGUGCAAUGCGGAUUGUCGCAUCGCAGAACGCAAACGUUGCAUCAUGCAAUAACAGAAGUUAGCUUUAUCAGCUGCUGAGAGCUAACUACCAACGUCAGAUAGAGCUAUAACAUUUUACGAUCUUUAAUCGUUAGCCAGUAUCAGCAAUAUACGCAUCUAUUUACGAAAUGCAAAGUUAUAUAUAAAACGAGAUGCGCCGCGUCUCUAUAUUCUAUUAUUAUUAUUAUUACUCUGAUUAUAACAUAAUAGAAUCUAGUAGUAUCCGCAAUAAAAAUCGAAAUUUCUAUUUACGU